AUGACCACCCCAGCGCCAACCCUCCUCUCCCUGGCCACGACCAUCAACACCCUCACCCAAGCCAUCAUCAUUAAACUCACCAUGCACAAUGUCCCCGAACCCACCUUUACCAGCUCCACGGACCACCCUCUCUGGCAAGACCCCACGCUAGACCUCAACACCACCAAAGCCCGACUUGUGGAUGCGGCCACCAGCCUCACCCGCCUUGUUGCAGGACCUCUAACCUUCCACCGCGAGGUUUUCGGCAGUCACUUCGACCUGGCCGCGCUGCAAGUCAUGCUUGAGCACAGGGUGUAUGACCAGAUUCCGCUCGGCGGCGGUUGCAUGACACUGUCAGAGCUCGGCGAGCGCGUGGGACUGGAUCCAGCCAAGUUGGCGCGGAUGCUACGGUUGCUGGCGACGCUGAAUAUCGCGGAGGAGGUCGAGGAUGGGGUGUUUCGCCAUACUGCCUUUUCGGAGGUGUUGGUCCGGGAUCGCGAGUUGCGGGCACAGGUGGAGAUGCAGUAUGUCUCCCUCCCCCACUUCUCUCUAGAGUGA